UUUGGAGAGCUGUCAUCGCCUGGGUCAGUUGGUAACAGGCCUUCACCCUGUGUGUAUGUUAUAUUCGUGAAGUUUUUGUUCGGUUUUUGACGAUUUUUCUCCCAGUUUUUGCGUGUUUGUUCUGUAAAGAAAAUUCCUACCAACGAAACGUCAUUGUGUGGCAAUUAAAUUAAAAGACAAUUUGAGCUGAUUAAAAAGUGCUUUGACAACUAAAACCAUCAUGGAACCCGAUCGAAUCAUUUGACCCUUAGGAUUGACUCCAGGAUACGUGGAUUGUGCUAUAUCGACUUGUACUUUCGAUCGAAAUGCAUUGCCUAGGCACAGCAACGGGCAGCCAAGCUACUGCUUGUGGUUUUGCCAGCCGUGGAGGUGCAUUUAGCGUAAUCCGAGCUCUUGGAGUCCUUGUGUGUGAAGGAAGAAUCCAGGGUCCUCCUCGUGGAUACAGAGAGGGUCCACAUUGUGCUGCCCCUAUGCGAACAACUCCCAAUAAUCAUGUCUGUGAAAACGAUAACUAUUUGUGUGGACGAUAUGAAGUAUUAAUUAAAGAAAUCGAAGAUAGAAUAACAAUCGGCGUAUUUUUAUGUGUGGAGGUUUUACUAUGUAGCGAUUGUCCUUGUGGAUUAUUAAAAACUACCAGCAAAAAUCCACUACACUCAGUUUCUUCUAAAUCACCAUGGCAAUGUUCAUCGGAAAUUCUUCUCGAGUAUUGGUGUAUUGGAAUUACCACCAGCAAUACUCAAGAGACGAUGAACUCACAAGGUUUAUAUCAAGCAGUUCGUUCUCGGUUGCACUUUAGUCAAGUGGCUGCGUGGUGGUCACGAAGUAAUGGUUCCAAUCCAGUUUAUGUUGCUACCAGGGUUGUACCAUACAACGAAGAUCAUCUUAGGAAAUUUCGAGAAAACCCAGUAGAACAUACUUUUCCGUUAGCAAGUAGUGGUGAUGGAAAUUCUAUCAAAGUCACUGUUUGGGCAUUACCACGCAUGGAAGAUGUUCCUGUUCUAAUUUGCCCGCUUCAUCCAAUAAAAGAGACCGAGGAUGACGUAGCUCGAGCACUGACACCAACAAAAAUUAUUCCAUUACCCUCCAUAUCUCACACAUCUGAUGUUUUGGUUUUGCCCGCUCUUUUGGACGACAGGCUACAAACUCCAUGUGACAAAUCUGGAAAGCAUGACUGUCGCUGUGAGGAAGAAGAUGGUGGUCCACUUUCACCUUCUGUUCGGACAAAUAGUGAGAGGAAGAGACGUAGGUCACUUCCCUGUGGUCCUUCGGAGACAACAGUCUCGUGUAUUGCAGUUCAUCCGCCCUCUUUGACAUCAGUUCAGGAAACUACAACGAGAGAAUUUAAUGAUCGUCUUUCAAAAUUUAAUUAUGGAAACACAAAGCUAAAAUCAGAAAUACAAAAUGUAUCAGCUGAAGAAAACCCUCAUAAAAGCAAUAGCUCCAGUUUUGAUAAUUUAGAACAUAUUUUUGAAUCUUUCAGCAUUGAUGAACAAAACUGGAACGUUGAGAAAAGAUAUAAAUGUACAAUUGAUAACCCUGAACAAUUAAAGGUGAGAACUUUCUGCCAUCAACUUGGAGAAUUUCAUAAAAAUGAAACAGCCCAAGAAGCUGAUAAGGUUUUCUUUGGAAAAGACGAAUCACCUAUUACACAAGUGCCUUCGGAACCUUUGUUUUUAGAUGCAUUUGAUGAGCAAUGCAGUUCUUUUAACACCAACAAUAAGAAUAGCUUGGAAAAUAUUCAUGGACAAACGAAAACAAUUAACAACAAUUCAACAAGAAAGAUGUCACCAUUGCCUAAAGAAACCAAUCUUGUGAUUAAUCCAUUUUAUAGUUCGUUCUAUGAAACAAAUCCUUGUUCUUCAACACAUGUCAAUUCCUAUCAUGUUCCCUAUUCCGUAAAUCCUUCAACAUGCACAGUUUAUCAAACUCGCAGUAAAAAUAAACUCACGAGUAGCUAUUCCUGUGUUGCUAAUUCAAAUGAUCCUAAUAAUUCAAGCGGAAAAGAAUUAUCUCAAAUAAUGGCUAAUUUAUCAAUUCCCGAAGAUAAAAGCAAAUCGAAGGAGGAAGGCAUUCUCGAUUGGAUCAGCAAAGUUCCAGGUCGAGUACUUGGCGUUGUACCCAAUAACAAUAAUAAUAAUAAUUUUGAAGAUAAAUCAAAAAUUGCUAAUACAUGUAUCGCUGAUGGAAAAGUUAAGAAUCUAGAACUUAGUAAGCGCGAGUUUGAUGAAGUUUUGGCUGUUUUGAGAGCGCGUACUCCCUGUGGAAAGAGAAGAACACAAAAUUUGAAGAAAAAAGAAAGAGUCGAGAAACAAAAUUUAAAAUUAAAUUCAGAUGUUGCACUUAUACAUGAAUCCACAAAUCGUUAUGAUGAAUUCAAAUCGAAACAUGAGAACGUUUCCCAUAAAACUCGGGAUAUUUUCGAUGAUAAAUGUAAAACGGAUUUAGUUGAUAGUGUCGUAAAUAAAGCGGACGUUUUGCUAGGGGCAAUUUUAAGAACGAGUAAAGAUCGAAAGAGUCUUGCAGACAUCUCCAAUGGAGCAAGACCAAAAAAUGUAUGGAGCGAUACUGUUGAAAAGAGCAUAAAAGCAAAAAAUCUCGAAGAUGAUAAAUCAUUACCAUCAGCUUUGAAUAAGAGACUGAUUCAAAUUAGACAACUAUUCAAAAGAGAUGAGAGACCGGAUUUUUUAACACUGGAAGAUCAUUCCAAAGAGAGUUUGAAUGCAACACAAGAACGUAAAACUCAUAUAAAGAAAUCAACUUCCGAUAAAGGCAUAAUACAGGAGUUUGUUGAUUCUUUAGGGACCAGUUUAGUUAGCACGCACAAUUCACAAUUCCAUAGUACAAAUCAAGAGGAGGAAAAGGAGGAGGAUCAUGCGCAAAAUUUCAGCAAUUUAAAGAGAAUUAAUGAAUUAAAGAUGAGCACAAAAUCUAAUGAAAAAAUAUUAAAACUUGAUAAUGGGGAAGAAAAUGAAAUCAUCUGUAGUCAAGAUCGACAAAGAAAACUUGGUCUUCUUACAAUAGAACAAACUGAUUACACUAUGUCUUCCAAAUCACGAAUUAAUAAUCAGAACAAUAACGAUGAUGAGGAUGAAAUUUUUGAAAAGAUGGUUCCUUCCGCUUUAGAACAAGAGAAAUUCAGAAGAUCUUUAGAAAAUGCAGCGUCAAUGGUUUUUCACAGUAGAACGGGUUUACCACUUACAUCAAGCCCAGCACCAUUAAGAAAAGGAAGUUGCUGUUUUGAUUUCGAUAGCAGCUUAAAUUCUGUUUCGUCAAAGCGAAGUGCACUUUUCGAAUUAAAUACACCACCAAGUCCUGGUGCAGUUUCUUUAGAAGAAACUGACAGGGAAACAGAAAAUACGUGCGACGGCGAGAAGACUGAAAGGCGACGUUCCACUUCUCAUAAUAGACCACAAAGUCAUGCUCUAUUAGGUAAUUUUGAAGAAUCAGCGUUGAAUGGUAGGUUGGAACCAGUAUCGACUGUCCAUGGAUUUACUGCCGAAUUAGGAGCAAGUGGCUCAUUUUGCCCUAAACACAGAAAACUUCCUGUUACUGUAUUCUUUUAUACGCUUGGAGAUAAUGAUAAAGUCUCAACACCUUAUCUUGCUCAUAUUAAUUUAGGCAAAAAAGGUUAUCAAGUUCCAAGAAGCGGAACUGUUCAAGUAACUUUGUUGAAUCCUUUGGGUACUGUUGUUAAAAUGUUUGUAGUACUCUACGAUCUUUCGGAUAUGCCUCCACGAUCUCAUACUUUUUUACGUCAAAGAACUUUGCGUGAUAAGACACUACGCUACCUCAUUCAUCUUAGAUUUAUGUCUGGAAAAUCAGGUCGAAUUUAUUUACAUACAGAUAUUCGAAUGAUAAUUUGUCGUAGAGCUGAUGUUGACACUGCUUCAGACUUCAGUUCAGAGCCACCUCAAGAAGUAAGAAGUUACAAUCAUGGACCUACGCAUCCAAAAUUUUCACCAAGGUGCUGAGCCUCGUGGCUCCUCUCAUGGAGUUGUUGUUAAAUAUCAAUUAUGAUGGUUGCGUAGUUUACUUCACAUCGAAGUUUAAAUAAUUAUCCUUAUAAAAAAAAAUGCAAUAUAAGAAAAUAUUUACUUGGGAGAAGAAAACUUCAAAACUUGCAACUGAGUUAAGAGAAAGGGAAAUAAUUUGCAAUUCGUUCAUUAACAAAUUAGCUUCUAAUUCAUUAAAACGCCCUUUAAAAAGUUGAAUACAGUUUUCUUUAAAACGAUUAUUAAUAAUAAUUUAAUUUACAUAGAGAAUUUAUUUGAAUUUUUAAAUAUUCUAAAAAAAAAAUAUUGUGAUUAUUUUGUCCCAAGCAAUAAAAAUGAGUGUUCGAAAAUGUUAAAUUAUUUAGUGGAAAGUAAAUCUUAUUUGUCACAAAUUCAUUUAAGAGAAUUGUUGACAUAUCUGUAUCAAGAAAGGAAAAUGAGAGGAAAAAAAUAGACAAAAAAAAAAAGAAAACGAUAAAAACACUAUUUUUCUAUUAUGACACGGUGGUAUAGCGAAUUUCACCAAAACUUCAAAUAAAUACAACAAGAAGUUUUCAAUAACGAAAUUACGAAGGACAAAAAGUGUCUUCAAUUGUACACUUUAUAUCUGAAUAAGUGAAAAUUUCACUUAUUCAAAUUUAAAGAGUAGGCUCACAAAAAAAUUGUUAGAAAUUGGAGAAAUCUUCUUCUAAGAACGCCAUUCUCUCAAUUGAUUAUAUAUAUAUGUAAUAAAAGCCAAGUAAAAAAUAUUUAUGUGGGAUGAAACUGCCUGCACCAGCAUUAUAAACGAAACAAGUGAUAUUAAGGAGUCAAAUUUUUGAGGGUCAAUACCACUCCUAAUAAUAUAAAUAUAUAAUAGAAUAAUAAUAUGUCAUUCAUUCUAUUUUUGCCAUUACAUGCUUAAUGUCAAGUUAAUUAUUUCAGAAAGGAAUAAUAUAUAAAAAAAAAUAUAUAUAUAUAUAUAAUUGAGAAGAUUAAUUUAUUGAUUUUCUCUGAUUAGUAAAAAUCUAAAUAUCAAUACAUUUAAAGGCAGAAUAAAGUGAUUUUUCUCCCUAUGAAAAGAUAAAGAAAAAAAAAAAUUAUAAACUUGUAUAUGAAAAGAACACAUUCUUGUGUCCGUAGCACUGUGAUGAAUAUAAUUGAUAGGUACGUAGAGAGUAAUUGUUAUUAACUUGUACUACACAUUAGUAUCUUAUAAAAAUUGUAAUUGAGCAUAAUAAUAAAAAAUGCCGGUUUUAAUCACUAUUUUUCAUUUUUAAAGUGAUUCGAAAGUUUUUUUUUAAAUCAAAAGAAUUAUUUCUUUUCGAAGUCUUUUUUCUCAAUUGUCAACGUGUUGUUUUUUUCGAUGAAAUAUGUUAAAAAGAAAACUUGUGUAAUAUUAGAUAUUUUUAAAAUUAUAUAGUUACUAUUUAUGUUCUGUUUUUGUCAAACAACGGAAAGAUUAUUAAUUUUUUUGUUAACAAGUUACUUUUUAACAUGUGUGUAAAUUAAUUUGGAAACUAUUUUCAUGGAGUUACGUUUUUGUCUAAAGAGUAAUGUGAUCAAAUUUAAUUUAAGUUAUUUUUUUAAUUGAUUGCAUUAUUUUGUAAUGAGAAUCCUGAUGGGAUUCCACAAGUGAGCAAAGAGAUGGAAGAAGAAGUAAAAAAGCAAACAUUGUGAUUUUCGAUAUAAAGUCCAAUUGGACGUUAUUUCGUCAAACUUCUUAUCGUUAGAUUUAUUAAUGGUAAGAAAUUAUAGUAGAAUAAUCACUGCCGUGCUGUAUAUAAAUUAUAGCAUAGGUAAAAAAUUUAAAUUAUUUAUAUUGAUAUUACGACAAAUUUUUUCUUGAACGCUUCGGUUACACACUAAUUUUAAAAAAUUCUUCAACAAUUCAUUCGUUCACAUUGUACAUAUAUAAAAAAAACUGAUUGUAUUUUGUGAUUCAUGAAAUAUUCCCAUUUUAAUGGAUUGCUUAUUUUUGUUUUUUAUUAUCAAUCAUUAAUAAAAUAAGAAAUUUUUUUUCGAUAAAUUUUGUGAUAAUUUAAUAAUUUUAUUUUUAUCGACUAAAGUUCUUCUUCGUAUUUUAUUUUUAAUGGGAAUAUUUAAUGAUUACAAAUAAUUUAGCUGGAGAAUUAUAAAUUGUGAAAGUCUUUAUAAGACUGUCGAAAAAAAAGUUUUAUUUUAAAAAGAAAAAAAAAAAAUUUUUCUUAUCUUCACGCAUAUUGUGUUACGUUGUAGUAAAAUUUUACUUGAAGCAAAUAUAUUUCCAUAAAUUACCAACGAUUUUUAAAUGUGCGACGAAUUUCUGAAACGAAUUUCUGAUUGUGUUUUAUUUGAAAAAUUAUUUAUUUUAUUAUAAAAGUUAUUUUAAUGUGUUUUUAUUGUUUCAAGAAUUUUACCGCCAUUUUCUAUCAAAAUAUAAUUUUUCCUAUAAAUUUAUUAAAUAUUUAAUGAUUUUUUUCUAAAUAUAGGCCUAAUACGGUUGUGAAUUUUCAUAUUAAUAUUUUUUUUAUUGGUGAAUUUGGAAAUAAAUUGUUUCAAGAAAAUGUAUAAUUUUUCCGUUGCCGUGGGUCUUCAGCAUAUAACAUUUUGUCGGUAACAUUCGUAGCGCUUGUGAUUGUUACAUUAACAUUUUAAUCAGGUUGCCACUGUGUAUAUCCUUCGAAGAUUGUUUCACUUGAUUUAUAACUAAAAUGAAGAAAAAAAAAGUUCUCGAGAUAAACUCUCAGUGAUUAUUUGCCUUCGCUUAUAAAAAAAUAGAAAAGGGAAAGGAAAUGAAAAAUCCAUUUAGAAAUUUAAAUAUUGAUCCUGAAAGGAUCAGAGUCAAAUAUAUUACUUAUAGAGAAGCAUUAUUUUGUAAACAAAAUUGUUAAGGCUACAUCGUAUUUUUUAAAGCCAUCUGAACGAAAACAUGUUCGAAACUAUUAAAUUAUUUGUGAAUCUAAUAAACAAUAUGUGGUAUGCCUAGCCAAAAAUAAUAAAUGUAUAUUAAAAAAAAAUUAUACUUAUCAUCCUUA